AUGUCGCGUCCGACCCACAGCGCCUAUCGUGCCAGCACCGGAGUGACUUCGACCUCGGCCGUCUCGCCUCCCGGCACGACCAGCAUCAACCCCAACCUCGGAUUUUACCAGAUUCCCGAAGGCCGCUAUACCUACACGAUCUACAGCUACAUUCGCGACGGCCGCUAUGCGGACGUGAUCAAGAUCCUUGGCAAUGAAAUGCAGACCUUUUCCAAGUCCAGGGCAGCGCUUAGUCUGAUGGGCUGGUGCUACUAUAUGAACGGCGACUUUGGAGAGGCUGCGAACUGCUAUGAGCAGCUGGUCCGAUACCAUCCAGAAGUCGACGACUAUCGUCUCUACUAUGCACAGUCGCUCCUCAAGUCCGGUCAGUAUGCUGCCUCGCUCAAGGCGUGCCAAAUGAUCGAGAAUCCAGAGCUGGGAGAAAAGAUACUCAAGCUGCAGGCAUCGGUAAAGUACGAAACGAACGAUCUGGCUGGAUGCAAGCAGCUCGUGGAUCAGUGCCCUCCGGAUGAUCCAGACACGAUGAUCAACCAAGCCUGCUUGCUCUUCAAGGAAACAAAAUACGAAGAGGCAUGCCUCAAAUACUCGGACGCAUCCAAGAUCCUUGGCUACCAGGCCGAGCUGUCAUACAACAUCGCGUUGUGUCAUUAUCAGCUCAAGCAGUAUGUCCCAGCACUCAAGUAUAUUGCCGACAUCAUUGAAAAGGGAAUCCGGGACCACCCUGAUGACGCUGCAAGAGAAGCCCUGACCGACAUGCCGCCGCGCUUGGAACAAGAACUCGAUCCUGUUACCCUCCAAAAUCAGGCGCUGAUCAACAUGGACGAAGAUCCCACGACAGGGUUCGAAAAGCUCAAUUUCCUGCUGCAGCAGGUCUCCUGUCCGCCCGAGACCUUUGGAAACCUGCUGCUGCUCUACAUCAAGUACGAAUACUACGAUCUCGCCGCCGAUCUUCUGGCUGAAAAUCAGGGAAUGCCGUUUGCCAACUUGAAUUCGUACCUGUUUGAGUACCUCGAUGCCACUUUGCUGCGGCAGUCUUCUCCAGAAGAGGCAUACAAAAAGUUCGAUGAUCUGGCAAACAAGCACGUCGACGUUCUUCGAAAGCUCACAAAGCAGGUUUCGGAGGCACGCCAGAACCACGACGAUGAAACUGUGAAGCGUGCUGUUAACGAGUACGAAGAUGGGGUUGAAAGGUACAUUCCGGUGCUCAUGGCUCAAGCCAAGAUCUACUGGGACCUGGAAAACUACUCCAUGGUCGAAAAGAUCUUUCGCAAGUCGGUCGAGUUCUGCAACGAGCACGACGUCUGGAAACUCAAUGUGGCCCAUGUGCUGUUCAUGCAAGAGAACAAGUACAAGGAGGCCAUCUCGUUCUACGAGCCGAUUGUCAAGAAGCACUAUGAAAAUAUUCUCGAGGUUACCGCCAUCGUCCUGGCCAACCUUUGCGUGAGCUACAUUAUGACUUCACAGAACGAGGAGGCUGAGGAGCUGAUGCGCAAGAUCGAGAGAGAGGAAGAGAGAGUUGCAUAUGAAGAUCCAAACAAGCGUACAUACCAUCUAUGCAUCGUCAAUCUGGUGAUUGGCACGCUAUACUGUGCCAAGGGCAACUACGAAUUUGGCAUCUCAAGAAUCAUGAAAAGCCUCGAGCCCUUCAACAAGAAGCUGGGCACCGAUACUUGGUACUAUGCCAAGCGAUGCUUCGCCUCUCUAUUCGAAACCUUGGCAAAGCACAUGAUAAUCCUCAAAGACUCUGUCUUCCAGGAGGCCCUGGCCUUCUUUGAUGCAUGCGAGCUGCACGGACGACAGAUUCCCGUGGUGAUCGACCCUGUCGGCGUCGAGAACAUCGAUCCGGCCAAGAACUCGGUUUCAUAUGAAGCGCGCCUGUUCAAGAGCCUGUUCCUGAGACUCUAUCAGUGA